UCUUGCUUUCGUCCUUUACUUCUCACUCAAUUUUUUAGAAUCGCAGAGCCGAAUCCUUCCGACUGUCGAUUUAGAAUCUUCCUAGUUUAAUCAUUGAGUCGAUUAUAUAUCGCCAGUAAUCAUGAAAGGCUUCGAGCCACUUUACCAGACCACAGCUACCCAGCCCUUCAACCCAUUUUCACUCCUACCCGGUCUCCUCACUCUCGCGCCUCUCUCAAACAUCGCUCACCGUACUGCCAUUCAAGGCGUCUCCCCACUCGACGCGUUGAUCCUGGCCCCCGGCCUGCACCUUCAACAAACAGCCACCGAACUACAUAAAGCUGAGUACCCAGCCUGCGCAGCUCUCACCACAGGCUAUGUCUUCCGCGUCGAGAACCCCGCCACCGUCUUCUUCCUCCAACGCAUCGGCCGCACCGGGCAUCUGAUUGACCUGGACGUCUCUGCGACAUCUCCUUCGCGGACCCUGCCGGCUUCUAGGAACGCAAUCGCAUCUCUGGCCUACUACGCCGCAGCAGGAGUCACUACCUAUUCUGCGUACCGCCUCUAUGCGCUCAAAGAUCCCUGGGCAAUGGUGUUCCUGUCCAAUCUCAUCCUCACGCGGGUAGUCAACUUCGUCUCGUUGCGCCGGCGCUCGGAACUAGGCUGGUUCGGAGCGCCGGAACCAGGCGUACGGAGUGAUAUCCUUGUUCUACUCUCCCAGGACCGCUGGAUUCGUAUCCGUGGCGCGACAGAUGAUGUCAAAGGGCUGUUGUCUGGCACGUGGCUGAGGGAGCCCACGACUGGGGAGAAGUUCUUUGGCGCCGUUACGAAGUUGCUUGCGUAUGCGAAUGUAGCUGUUGCGGGUUAUGCUACGACGGCUGGCGUUGCCACGCUGAUGUCUAUGUUGCUUGUGAACGGCGGCUUGUUGGCGUUGGAUGGGCUGCGAGACUGGCCGCUAUGUAUGUAUGGGAGAACAAUGGGACAAGUUGGCGAGGCGAAGAGAUAUUUUCGGAGGAGAGAUCUGGCGGAAGAGCUGAUCAAGGAGACUGGACGAGACGAUUGGGCUGUUGGCAUGGGAAUGAUAGUCAAGAAGAACGAGACGGUACUAGUAACCAUGUAGCGAGCUAUGGCUAGCUGUAUAAAACAUAUCGAAUCAUCGUCAUGA